AUGGGAGACUGGAACUCCCUGGGGAAGCUGCUGGAGAGUGCCCAGGAGCACUCCACUGUGGUGGGGAAAGUGUGGCUGACAGUGCUGUUUAUCUUCCGGAUCUUGGUUUUGGGCACGGCGGCGGAGAAGGUGUGGGGAGAUGAGCAGUCUGGAUUCACAUGUGAUACCAAACAGCCCGGUUGCCAGAAUGUCUGCUACGACAAAACCUUUCCCAUCUCACACAUCCGCUUCUGGGUCAUGCAAAUCAUCUUUGUGUCCACUCCCACACUGAUUUACCUGGGCCACAUCCUGCAUCUCGUGCGCAUGGAGGACAAGGAAAAACAAAAGGAGAAGGAGCUCGCAUUGCAAAGUGAGAAACAGCAACAGUUAAUGGGCACAAAAGCCAAAAAGGCCUCAAUCAAAGACAAACAAGGUCAUGUGCGUUUGCAGGGUGCACUACUCCGGACCUAUGUCUUCAAUAUUAUUUUCAAAACUUUGUUUGAAGUGGCAUUUAUUAUAGCUCAAUACUUUUUGUAUGGCUUUCAGUUAAAGCCCAUGUACACCUGUGACCGCUGGCCAUGUCCCAAUGUGGUGAACUGCUACAUUUCUCGACCCACUGAAAAGACAGUGUUCAUCCUUUUUAUGCUGGCAGUGGCUUGUAUCUCUCUGCUGCUCAACCUGGUGGAAAUGUACCACCUCGGCUUCACUAAAUGUCACCAGGGUCUCCGCUACAGACGCAACAAGGCCCGCCUCGAGGCAGCCAAGCCCCUGAGUGACAGUGUGAUUCCUUAUGUGCAUGGCUAUAACUACUAUGGAGGCCACAGCGCGCCUGAACCCUUCGCUCCAGAGCCCAAAUACAGCCUACAAGAGCCUUCUGCUGCUUACAGCCCAUACAACAGCAAAGCAGUGUACAAACAAAACAGAGACAAUCUGGCAGUAGAGAAGAGAGGCAAAACUGAAGAUGACAGAUAUGAGAGAUACGAGAGGAAACCGUCUAAUGCAGGUUUAGAGUUAUUGCUACUGGAACAACAAAGAAGAAACAGUGUGUCCAGCAAACCCAGUACCAUCAAGAGCAGGAUGGAUGACCUGCAGAUCUGAGGACUUAACUAACAAACUUUGCUGCUCUUACGGUACCACUUUAUAAUAACAACAUUUUAAUUAUUCUUAAUAAAACAUGAACACAGACUAAAUUCAUGAAUUUAUAAUAAACAAAUAGUUUAUUAAAAAUGUUUCAGGCUUGGUUACUUAAUUAAGGGGUUAGGUGUUUGGAUUAGGGUAUUAUGUAGUUACUAAGCCCGAAAAAUUAAAAUCAUUAAUAAACUUUAAUAAACUUGUUCAUUAUGAAUUAAGUUUUAUUCAUGCUUUAUUAAGGAUAUUAAAUUGUUACCACUGUUACUUUGACCUAAACUGCACUGAAAUGGCAAGAGCCAACUGUUUAAAAACUUUUGAUUAACUUGAAUGUCAUAAAUGACCAUCAGUCUUUUGGUGACAGAUCCCAAAUGACUUGAGAAUGUUUUUGUUUACAUAUUGUUUUCCAAUAUAAUAUGAUAUAAAAGAAUGUGAAUACUUGGUUUUAAAUUUCAAAAGAUGUGACUGAUUUACCGGAUAAAAUUGAGGUUUCUCUGUCUUUUUUGUUGUUGGACAGACAGACGUCAGGCAAUUUUUUUUUAUUUAUUUAAAAGACCUCAAUUUUUACUUGAA